UAUAUCAGGCUUCCCCUGGCUUUCUGGAGGAGUCUGGACUGGCAGUAAGUAAUUUUAUACAAGUAGCCAUUGUAGUCUCAGUCCACUUAGGAAGCAGGAUAGGGAUCAGGUUUGUGAAUGGUUUCAAGACCUGAUUAACUGGACCCUGCUGAGACAUCGAGAGUCAUUGUCUUUCAUUCUGUGUGACUCCCUCUCUCUCUCUCUCUCUCUCUCUCUCGAUGAAACAAACUGUUGCUCAGAAAACUGGCUGUGCGACUCGGAGUAGCACUUCCGCGUUACACACCUGCGCCAGGUAGGCAAGGCCGCAGAACUGGAUGCACCUGCAGCGCAGACAGCAACACCAGCGCCGACCUCGAAGGAACCUCAGGACUUCUUUUCUAGUCUGAAGUACUGAAAAAGGGUUUGUUUGGCCUGGUCAGGGCAGUCAUGAGUGGGGAUUAUGGACUUUGCGAUUUAGCAGUGGUGUCGUUACGGGACAACGAGCACGAACAGGACUAUGGAAUUCAGCUCACUCCAGAUGGACACACAAGCACCACGGACUUGAGCUCAAAACUCCCUGAAGACUCGCAGUUAGCCAUCAUAGAAAGCGAAUUUCGUUACACUAAUGGCUCGGCGAAUAUGGCGUCUUCCACAGACGCGUCCAGCGCCGGUGACCUGACGGUGUGCUCGGCGCAUGAGGUGGAGGUGGACCGCUACUGCAGGACGGAGGGGAGACCGGUUUGCCACAAGUGCGUUAGCCAAGGAGCUUGUCGAAAUCACACAGUCAUACAGCUCCAUUUACGAGCGACGGCUGUAAGGAAUCAGCUGGUGGACAUCUGUGAGAAAAUGCAGCUGCAAGCCCUACAGAUAGAGCGCUUCAUAAGCAACACACUGACUGCAAAAGAGAAGGCCUUGCAGGCGGAGGCGAGUAGUGCCCGUGAGCGAGUCGUGGCUCAGGUGAACACCGUGCGUGAAGCCCUGGAUGAGGAGGAGCAGCGUCUGUUGGAGGCUGUGCAGAGGGAGGAAGAGCGAAUAGAGCAAUGUCUCCUAACACAGCGGGCACACUGGACCAAGGCGCUCGACUCCCUCACACAUGCCCGCACCAGCCUGGUUCACACACUCACACACUCAACAGACACCAUGCUUGUGAGCAUGAAUUCGGAAAUAUCAGACAGGAUUGAGGUGGCAGAAGGUGUUGGUCAGCCCAAAGACUCAGAUCACCUGAAUCUGAACAGGGACUGCAGUGAUAGUAAACUCAUGUUGGGCAUGUGGGCUAGUGCGCUGCUGCUGGGACCGACCGCUACAACUCGGAUGUACUUUGAUGAGCGCACCGUCAGCCAUCUCCUUCUGCUCUCCUCUGACCAGCUCACCCUCACUUACCGGCCAAAACGCCAGAAGAAACCUCUUCCAUAUGACCCGGCUCGCUUUGACAGCUGGCCCAAUGCCCUCUGCCUCGAGCCCAUCAGUUCAGGCACUCAUGCCUGGGUGCUGUACGUGGGCGACAGCGCUGCAUUCAAAGUGGGCGUCUGCUACCGCAGCAUGGAACGCAAAGGCUCGAGCAACGAAUCUCGUCUAGGCUUCAAUGCCAAAUCCUGGGUGCUCUCGCACUAUGAAGAAAACUUUUCCUACUGCCACAACAGGCAGGUCGUCAACGUGCCUGUAGUGAAGAGUCCCACGAAAGUGGGAGUCCUGCUGGACUGGACCACACAAACACUACUGUUCUACGAUCCAGACUCAAAGUGUGUUUUGCACUCCGUAAGACACAAUUUUACUGAGCCACUGCUGCCUGCUUGUGCUGUGGCUGAUCAAAGAGUGUCUAUUGUGCACUACUAAUAUGUAUGUACUUCAUGUUUACUGAUUCCUGUCAGAAAUGGAGUGUAAAUUUAACAUGAAUGAAUGCAUGAAGACACAUUGCCUUGUCACAAGAGUCUUGAAGUGCACACUUUGCAGUGCAAGUGUGGCUGCUGGUAUUUAAAAAUAUUUAAGGGAUGAGAUUUGAAUAUGUCAGUGAAUAUGUAGCAUAAGUCCAUAGAAAUAGAAAUAUAUUCAAACAAACUUGUGUGAAUGCCUGGGAUAAAGACUAAAGGAGAAUUUGGUGUAACUUUUGAAGGUAUUAAAAUGUCUACAAAAUCUUACAUACGCUCUAAUUGGGUAUGAAGUAGACUGUGCCAGUGUAAUAUUUCAGAUGAAAUAUUUUGGGUAUUUUUGGAAGCAUUUCUUUUGAAGAAUUGUCUGAAUUGUUAUAGAUUUGAAUAAAGAGUAGUUCAGUCAUGAAAAUUAUGUCAGUAUAAAAACUUUUGAAACAGUUGAGAUGUAUCUGUUUUUGUAAAUUUACCAAAGCGAACCAAAAUGAAGUGAUACAGCAUUUGUGCCUGAAGUAGUUUAUAUUUGUACUUGAUUGAUUUUAACAUAAAGCUGGUCAAAAAGUGUAAAAUGCGCCAUUUUUUUCUAUUUAUUACCAUAUUCGAAUGUAGACAGGUAAUGAUUGUAGUCUUCUUUAUUAUUUUAACAAGCAUAAAUUAAUCAAUUGCUGAAUUUUAUGGUGAUAUUUGGACAUUUUUAUGAUAUGAUACAGCAUAUAUCUCAAGAUAUAUAUUUUAUUGCAUCAACAUUGCACAUUAUUGAUGGAAAGAUUUAGUAAGCAUGCAUUACAUUUAUUUUCCAUCAAAAAUAUUUCUGUCAAUUAUUUUAUAAAUGAAUACAGUCAUUCUAUCUUUAAAAUAAAGUUUUAAAAAAUCUUACAAGAGGUGAUUGUGUAAUACCAUUAAGGAUUCUUCCAGCAGAUUUAAGAUAUUAUUCUGAAAAAAUUAAUAAAAUACGGUUGCUGGGAAGUCAGGAGUGUCAUCAUGAUGUUUAGUUAUAUAGCAUGUUUAUAAUGUUCACAUAAAUUAGGGUCAGAUUGUAUCACAGAUUGUGUUGUGUAUAUUGUUUGUUUUAUGUGUUAUGUAACUGUGUUCUUUUAACGUUGUUUCAUGAAUUUUUUAUCUGUUCAUUUUGUCCUAUUUGUUCAUCUGCUGCCCAGGGACAGUAGAUGAAAAUGAGCCAUUUGGCUAAAUCUGACAUAUCGUAAAUCCUGAUGUCGAUGAAUGUGUACUGUCUGAAUUAAAUAAAUUAAUAAAUAAAGAAAAAUUAAAGCUAA